GCUCCCCGCCCUCGAACUCCUUCUGCACGGCUGCCUCCUUGCAGCUCGACCUCCGACUAUACCUAUGAACUCUCAAGACGCUUGGAGGCGUUUCUCUCAGCAGUUGCAGCGUGCAGCUGCCUCUGGUGGCGGCGGGGGCCCGCGUCUACCCAUCAAGGGCUUCUUCACCGGCUCUGGUUUACUUCUCGCCUUAGUGGGAGGCGGCCUUGCACUCAAUGCCAGUCUAUUCAACGUGGAUGGUGGUCACCGUGCAAUAAAGUACACUAGGCUGCACGGUGUAAAGGAGGACGUCUACCCUGAAGGAACGCAUCUCAUGAUCCCGUGGCUCGAGACACCUAUCGUCUAUGACAUCCGCGCGAAGCCUCGGAACAUUGCUUCCCUCACAGGCACCAAAGACUUACAAAUGGUCAACAUUACGUGCCGUGUGCUCUCCCGACCGAAUAUUUCGGCACUGCCAACAAUCUACCGAGAGCUAGGCACUGAUUAUGACGAGCGCGUCUUGCCUUCCAUCGUCAACGAGGUCCUCAAAAGCGUAGUCGCCCAGUUCAACGCCAGUCAAAUCAUCACACAGCGUGAACAGGUGUCAAGAUUGGUCCGAGAGAACCUUACCCGCCGCGCGUUACGCUUCAAUAUCGUUCUCGACGACGUCUCGAUCACGCAUGUUGCCUUCUCUCCCGAGUUCACCCACGCCGUCGAGGCGAAACAGGUCGCCCAACAAACUGCGCUCCGUGCUGCCUUCCUAGUCGAUCAGGCAAUUCAGGAGAAGCAGUCUAUCAUCGUCCGGGCCCAGGGUGAGGCGCGCAGUGCCGAGCUCAUCGGCGAAGCCGUUCGCCAGAACAAGGGCUUCCUGCAGCUCCGUAAGCUCGAAGCUGCCCGCGAUAUUGCGACUCUCUUGGCCGCGUCUGACAACCGUGUGAUGCUCGACUCGCAGGCUUUGCUCUUGAAUGUGGCGGAUGACGCAAAGGAUCUGCUCUCUCUGAAAAAGUAAUCGCUUCUAUGUCUGGUCUGUACUUAGGGUAUCUCGAUACUAUUCGCGCCGCUCUGCCGAGUGCUGCCUCCCCUCCCUUAUACAAGCUCCCUUCCCCGCGUGUCUUUUGGCACUGAGGUCGCAUGUUGAACACCC